CAGUUAGGCAGACCUAAUCAUUGUGUUAGACGCGGCGGCCUCUCAUGGCCCUUAAGCUCGUGUUACUUCUCUGCCUCUUCAAGCUUGCGUUUGCCGCAGAGCGGAAUCUCGUGGACAGCCUCCCGGGAUAUGAGGGUGCUCUUCCUUUCCGCCUGGAAACAGGGUAUGUGAAUGUGGAUGAGGAGAACGGGGCUGAGCUGUUCUACUACUUCAUCCAGUCGGAGGAUGACCCCCGCCGCGACCCGGUCCUCCUCUGGCUCACCGGCGGUGACCGUUGCACCGUCUUCAGCGGCCUUGCGUUUGAGAUUGGCCCAGUGAAAUUCAUCAGGGAGCCCUACAAUGGCAGCGUACCUCGGCUGAAAUACAAUCCCUACACUUGGACCAAGUCCGCAAACAUCAUAUUUGUCGAUUCACCCGUCGGCGCCGGAUUCUCCUUCUCACGUCAUCCCAAGGGAUAUGAUGUUGGGGAUGUAUCUUCUUCUCUGCAGCUUAAGAAAUUUCUCUACAAGUGGGUUGAAGGACACACGGAUUUCCUUGCGAACCCUUUCUAUGUUGGAGGGGAUUCCUACGGGGGAAAGAUUGUACCAUAUCUUGUGCAGAAGAUUUCAGAAGAUACGGAAGCACAAGUCAAGCCUGCUCUUAAUCUUAAGGGCUACCUAGUAGGAAACCCUGCUACAGGUGAGAGCAUUGACACUGAUUCCCGAGUACCUUAUGCUCACGGAGUCGGGAUCAUUUCAGACCAAUUGUACGAGGCUAUAAAGAAACAUUGCAAAGGAGAGAGCUAUAGCAACCCGACAAAUAUGAUUUGUGAUCAAUCUCUGAAGAGACUAAACGAACUUCUUAAUGAAUGUUCGAAGCCACAUAUUUUGUACAAAAAAUGCUUUUACGUUUCUCCCGGACCAAACGAUGAAUCUCCAAGGAGGAUGAUACUGAAGAAGGAAACUAAAGGAUUAAAACGUCCACCACCACGUCCUCCAAUGGAUUGUCAGAACUACGUAAAUUAUCUAUCUUACUUCUGGGCGAAUAGCAUGGCCACCCGAGAUGCACUUGGUAUCAAGAAGGGUAGCAAGGAUGAGUGGGUGAGAUGCCAUGAUCAUGACCUACCAUAUUCCAAGGAUAUUGAAAGCAGCAUAAAGUACCAUCAAAAUCUUACACUAAAAGGUUAUCGCGCAUUAGUUUACAGCGGGGAUCAUGAUGUUGUCAUACCAUUUCUUGGUACCCAGGCCUGGGUGAGAUCACUCAACUUCUCUAUUGUUGAUGACUGGAGGGCUUGGCAUGUUGAUGGCCAAUCCGCAGGGUUCGCUAUAGCCUAUUCGAACAACUUGACCUUUGCUACUGUGAAGGGUGGAGGACACACUGCUCCAGAGUUCCAGCCGGAGAGAUGCCUCGCCAUGUUCAAGCGGUGGAUUUCCAACAAGCCACUUUGACUAACAGUGAUUGUAGACAAAUGUAUAUGCUGGGUAAAAACGUUUGUGCUUGUUUCUGAAUUUUCAUUCCCCAAAAUACGGACCGAUCAGAUUGGGUGUACUCGGUCACCUUCCAUGAGAGGCUCUCUCAUGAACAUAUAGCAGUCUUUUGCACAGAUUGAUCCAAUCAUUCUUUUCCGUUCUUGUACGUGAUCUUAUUUAGGAUGCACAAAUGUAAUAUCAGGAAACAAACAAUUGUUCAA